AUGGGAGCGCCCGCGGGGCGGGGCCGCGGACGACGGGAGCUCGGGCGCGGGCGAGUUGGUAAACAGAUCCGGGGCGCGUGCGGCGCCGGCGCUGCGGCUGGCGAGGGCGGGCAGGCGGCGCGAAGGUGACCGCGGAGCUCCGCUUCCUGCUGCCGGCCCUCCAGGAUGGCUGCCAUGCUGGGGGAUGCCAUCAUGCUGGUCAAAGGCCUUGCCAAGCUGACCCAGGCGGCCCUGGAGACCCACCUGCAACACCUGGGCCUUGGCGGGGAGCUCCUCAUGGCGGCCAGGACCCUGCAGUCCACAGCUGCGGAGCAGAUCGACUUGGUCUUGGGGAGGGUGCAGGGUCAGGAGCAACGCCAGGAGCCUUACGCCGAGAGCUUCGAUGACCCGGACGCAGAGUCGGGGGCCCCCACGGAUUUCUCUGCGGCCUCCUCCCCUGACCGGUCAGCACCUCCAUCCUGGGAUCACACUGGCAGCGAGGGCCCGGCUCCUGCCUACAUGGCCAGCGGACCCUUUAGGGAAGCCGGGCUUCCGGGCCAGGCCGCCGCCCCUCUGGGCAUGGUCACCGGGAGGCUCUUUGGAGACCCCAGACACCCGCUUGCUGCCACGGGCUUUCCGCGAAGGUUCUUCCACCAGGACCAGCCCCCCGUGGGGGGCCUCACCACGGAGGACAUUGAGAAGGCCCGGCAGGCCAAGGCUCGCCCCGAGAGCAAGCCCCACAAGCAGACGCUCAGCGAGCACGCUCGGGAGCGGAAGGUGCCAGUUACACGGAUUGGGCGGCUAGCCAACUUCGGAGGUCUGGCCGUGGGUCUAGGCUUUGGGGCGCUGGCUGAGGUAGCCAAGAAGAGCCUCCGCCCAGAGGACCCUUCAGGGAAGAAGGCCGUGCUGGAUUCCAGCCCGUUCCUGUCGGAGGCGAACGCAGAGCGCAUUGUGCGCACGCUGUGCAAGGUGCGCGGGGCGGCGCUCAAGCUGGGCCAGAUGCUCAGCAUCCAGGAUGAUGCUUUCAUCAACCCCCACCUGGCCAAGAUCUUCGAGCGGGUGAGGCAGAGCGCAGACUUCAUGCCGCUGAAGCAGAUGACGAAAACGCUCAACAAUGACCUGGGCCCCGGCUGGCGGGACAAGCUGGAGUACUUCGAGGAGCGGCCCUUUGCGGCCGCCUCCAUCGGGCAGGUGCAUCUGGCUCGCCUGAAGGGCGGCCGUGAGGUGGCCAUGAAGAUCCAGUACCCCGGCGUGGCCCAGAGCAUCAACAGUGACGUCAACAACCUCAUGGCCGUGCUGAACAUGAGCAACAUGCUUCCUGAAGGCCUGUUCCCCGAGCACCUGAUCGACGUGCUGAGGCGGGAGCUGGCCCUGGAGUGUGACUACCAGCGGGAGGCCGCCUGCGCCCGCAAGUUCAGGGAGCUGCUGAAGGACCACCCCUUCUUCUAUGUGCCCGAGAUCGUGGACGAGCUGUGCAGCCCCCACGUGCUGACCACAGAGCUGGUGUCCGGCUUCCCCCUGGACCAGGCUGAGGGGCUGAGCCAGGAGAUCCGGAACGAGAUCUGCUACAACAUCCUGGUCCUGUGCCUGAGGGAGCUGUUCGAGUUCCACUUCAUGCAGACGGACCCCAACUGGUCCAACUUCUUCUAUGACCCUCAGCUGCACAAGGUGGCUCUUCUGGACUUCGGGGCAACUCGGGAAUAUGACCGAUCCUUCACGGACCUCUACAUUCAGAUCAUCAGGGCCGCUGCUGACAGGGACCGGGAGGAGGUGCUGAAGAAGUCCAUAGAGAUGAAGUUCCUCACCGGCUACGAGGUCAAGGCCAUGGAGGAUGCCCACCUGGACGCCAUCCUCAUCCUGGGGGAGGCGUUCGCCUCGGAGGAGCCCUUCGACUUCGGCACACAGAGCACCACCGAGAAGAUCCACAACCUGAUUCCCAUCAUGUUGAAGCACCGGCUCGUCCCGCCCCCCGAGGAGACCUACUCCCUGCACAGGAAGAUGGGGGGCUCCUUCCUCAUCUGCUCCAAGCUGAAGGCCCGCUUCCCCUGCAAGGCCAUGUUCGAGGAGGCCUACAGCAACUACCGCAAGCAGCAGGAGGCACGGCCCUCCGCUUGAGCCCCCUGGCCCGGGAUGCGGCAGCCGGGCCGGCUCAGCGUGUGCUCAGCGUGCGCUUACGCUCUGCAAGGAGAGGACACAGCCGUCUCCCCCUGUGAACGCCAGCCUGAGGGGGAGAGGACUGCCGUGGGGUCCCUGCCGCCAGAAAUACGGAGCCUUUUUGGAUUUUACUGAACAUACAUACGUAUAGGAUGAGGCUUGUGUGUUUCUAGAAUGAGAUUUGUGUUUUCUGCCCUUUGCUCCAGCCUGUGUCCCGAGCGGUGCCAGCAAACGCGAUUUUACCAGGGAGGCGCUGCCUGCUCUCGGGCUGGGCUGUGCACUCUGGACCCGUGCAUGGAGGGGGUGGGAGCAGUCCGUGCUAGAAGUCUGUGUGGGGGGCCCCCCUUUCCCCCUCCAGGCCCCGGGGCUUUUGUGGAAGGAGAUGAAUGUGCCAAUGUCCCCCGGGUAGACCUGAGGGGUCACCACAGGCUAAUUUUUGUACAAUUCUUGUAAUUGUCUGAUUUGUUUCAAUAUUAAAAAAGACAAAAACCCA